AUGUCCGACGCUGACCAGCCAGACUUUGACCCUGAGAUUGUAGCUGCUGAAGUGGAAGACGUGCGUCGAAUUGGUUCCGUGCUCAUUGCAAGCUCAGUUCUCGUCGCGUUCGAUAUAGUGCUCACAUUUUCUCGAGAGGUGGAAUGCAUAUGGAAACGAAAGUGGAACGCAGUCACACUACUCUACAUUGUCAAUCGUUACGGCGCCCUCUUUGAUCUGAUGGUUGGAGCGAUCUUCACUCUAUAUGUAGCCAAGACUGUCGCGAGUUGUAAAGCCAUCGACUAUUCAACGUUUUUCUUUGACAUACUCGUCCUCAGUGGAAUUGCAGCAUUCACAUGUCUCCGUGUCUGGGCGACAUGCGAUCGGAAAUGGCUUCCACUCAUUGUGGUCUUUCUCCUCAGUUUCUUUGUUCCAGCUGCCAACAUAUACGCAUUCAGCACUCCUGCUCAAUGGAUCGUGGUUCCAUCUGGACCUGUUGCCGGCUGCUUCGACAUCACACCACCUCUACCAGUUCUGAGCAUGUUACCCUUCAUUGUUCGGGGCAUUGCCAUAGCUUCUGAUGCCCUCGUCCUGCUGCUGACAUUGUUGAAAACUCUACAACUAGUAAAGGAAGGACGCCGCCUCCAAGUGAAGACUAAAUUAUCAAGCCUUCUGAUUCGCAACGGGGUCGUACAAUUCGGAGCACUCCUCGCUUUAAAUGUGCUUACUAUCAUCCUGGACGUUCUGUCUAUCGCAACUGAUCAAACUUCCGCCAGCGAAUUUGUUUACCUCAAUAACGCCGUUGCUUCGAUUCUUAUCUCCCGCUUCCUCCUCGACCUCCGGCUGGUAUAUCUGUCCGACGGCCGCGGAACAGAAUCGGACCAGCCAGAGAUGUCCAGCGUUCAUUUUGCCACCGCUGUGCUUGGGAAUAUCGGUGCUCCUGUGGAGUAUACGUCCUGGCUCUCUGGUUCCGAUCAUGACAGAGAGUCGGAAGGUGGAAACAGUAUCGUAUACACAAAUGAUCCUUUAGCAACGGCUCUGAGUGACACUGUGGAAACAAUGGAACUUGCAAGUCCCACAAACCCGCAAGUCCCAGUUUGUGAUACUUGAGACAUUGAGAUCUGCGUGUACAUUGUAGGAUUAUAUAUAUUACCGUUUGAAUACUUAUCUCCACCAGAUAGUUUGACUUUACGAGCCCCGAGUUUACUACUUCGAGAGGCUGCAUCCAGUGAAAUUUCAACUACUUAGUUUCUUCUGAACAAUACUCAAAUCAUCCUCAACUCACAUCUAUACUUCCCACUGAGAGACUCGUCUCCCAGUUCCUUCUAGAUCUCUACCUGGCACUGCAUAUGGCCAACACCAACAUUUUCCGAUCUUCUGCCAAUAUCAUGAUACUGUAUCCAACGUCCACUUCACUGCCAGGUUCCGUAGGAAACGUGGGGAGCGACACUGCAUAAUUCUUGGGACCACUAACGUAAGUGGCAAAACUGAACUCAGGCCUUGAGGAUAACGAGAAGCUUGUCUAUUCUGCGGACCCUCCCGCUGGGUGAGUUCAGUGGAGAGAAUGGGGGCCAGAAUAUUUGAGGUUAGUUGG